GUGCAAAGCAUUGUCGACUUAGGAGCCAUGGAUAGGAGAAGCGCGGGUGAAGCUGAGAAUGGAGACGCUUUCCUUGACCUGAAGAAGCUGCCAACCUCCAAAUCCCCCCAUCGCUACACAAAAGAGGAGCUUUUGGAUAUAAAAGAGCGGCCCCAUUCCAAACAGAGACCUCCAUGCCUCUCUGAAAAAUAUGACAGUGAUGGCGUCUGGGACCCUGAGAAGUGGCAUGCCUCUCUCUACCCAGUUUCAGGGCGGAGCUCACCUGUGGAAAACCAGAAAAAAGAGCUGGAUACAGACCGGCCUUCCCUAGUGCGUCGGAUAGUAGAUCCACGGGAGCGUGUGAAGGAAGACGAUUUGGAUGUUGUUCUCAGUCCACAGAGACGAAGCUUUGGUGGUGGCUGCCAUGUGACGGCUGCUGUAAGCUCCCGACGCUCGGGGAGCCCACUGGAGAAAGACAGUGAUGGGCUUCGUCUGCUUGGCGGACGGAGGAUCGGCAGUGGGAGAAUAAUGUCUGCCCGGACCUUUGAAAAGGACCACCGUCUUAGUGAUAAGGACCUUCGGGACUUGAGAGACAGAGACCGUGAAAGGGACUAUAAGGACAAGCGUUUCAGGAGAGAGUUUGGGGAUAGUAAGCGUGUCUUUGGCGAGCGUAGAAGAAAUGAUUCUUACACGGAAGAAGAACCAGAGUGGUUCUCAGCUGGACCCACGAGCCAGUCUGAAACCAUUGAGCUGACUGGCUUUGAUGACAAGAUCCUAGAAGAAGACCACAAAGGGAGAAAGAGAACGAGGCGGCGGACAGCUUCUGUGAAGGAAGGCAUAGUCGAGUGCAAUGGAGGAGUGGCCGAAGAGGAGGAGGUGGAGGUCAUUCUUGCACAGGAGCCUGCUGCUGAUCAGGAAGUACCGAGGGACGCCGUCUUGCCUGAGCAGUCCCCAGGAGAAUUUGACUUUAAUGAGUUCUUUAACCUUGAUAAGGUGCCGUGCUUGGCUUCGAUGAUAGAAGAUGUUCUAGGGGAAGGGUCCGUCUCGGCCAGCCGCUUUAGUAGGUGGUUUUCUAACCCCAGCCGAUCAGGAAGCCGGUCCAGCAGUCUUGGGUCAACACCACAUGAAGAACUGGAGAGACUUGCAGGUCUGGAGCAGGUCAUCCUCUCUCCUGCACAGAACUCGGGGAAUUACUUUGCUCCUAUACCAUCAGAAGAUCAUGCUGAAAAUAAAGUGGAUAUUUUAGAAAUGCUACAGAAAGCCAAAGUGGACUUAAAACCUCUUCUCUCCAGCCUUUCUGCAAAUAAAGAAAAGCUUAAAGAAAGCUCACAUUCAGGGGUUGUGCUCUCAGUGGAAGAGGUAGAAGCAGGGCUCAAGGGCUUGAAGGUGGACCAGCACAUGAAGAAUUCAACUCCUUUCAUGGCAGAACAUUUAGAGGAGACCCUGAGUGCUGUAACAAGCAACCGGCAGCUCAGAAAGGACGGCGAUAUGACUGCAUUCAACAAGCUAGUGAGCAGCAUGAAAGCAAGCGGGACUCUGCCCUCGCAGCCCAAAGCCAGUCGAAACCUUGAAAGCCAUUUGAUGUCCCCUGCUGAGCUUCCAGGCCAGGCUGUCCCUAAGAACAUCCUCCAGGAACUUCUGGGUCCACCAGUUCAGAGACCGGCUUCUUCUAAUCUUCUGAGUGGCCUGAUGGGGAGCUUGGAGCCUACAGCAUCUUUACUGGGCCAAAGGGCACCCUCUCCUCCCUUGUCACAGGCAUUUCAAACUCGAGCAGCCUCGGCAGACUACCUUCGCCCUAGAAUAUCUUCACCAGUGGGUUUCCCACCAGGACCACCUCCGCAGCUUCUUGGGGACCCGUUCCAAGGCAUGCGCAAGCCCAUGAGCCCCAUCACAGUCCAGAUGAGCCAGUUGGAGUUGCAACAGGCCGCUCUGGAGGGGCUGGCCUUGCCACAUGACCUUGCAAUGCAGACAGCAAACUUCUACCAGCCUGGUUUUGGCAAACCACAAGUGGACAGAACCAGAGAUGGAUACAGAAACAGGCAACAGCGAGUGACCAAGUCGCCAGCAAACAUGCAUCAAGGGAAUUCCUCUUCCCCUGCUCCCUCGGCCUCCGUCACAAGCAUGGCCGGGAAAACGGCUGAGACAAAGGCUGCAUCAGCAGGUCCACCACCACCACAGACACAGCUUUCUCCCUCCUUCACCCCUACCUCGGUGAUUCGAAAGAUGUUCGAGAGCAAAGAGAAAAGCAAGGAGGAGCCUGCCUCUGGGAAAGCCGCUCUUGGUGACCAUAAAGAGGGCACUCAGGAGGCCAGUGAAGACAACCUGCUGUCAUCCAACCCCAUGUCCAGUGCUGAUCGAGACUCUUCUCCCACGACAAAUCCCAAGAUGUCAACGUUGCAGCGGUCUUCCUGCUCUACCCCUCUGUCCCAAACCAACCGUUACACCAAAGAACAAGAUUAUCGACCUAAAGCAGCCGGGAGGAAAACACCCACCUUGGCCUCCCCAGUUCCAGGAGCACCUUUUCUCCGCCCUGUCCACCAAGUCCCCCUGGUCCCCCAUGUACCAAUCGUUCGACCUGCUCACCAGCUUCACCCAGGCCUGGUCCAAAGGAUGCAUAUUCAACAGCAUCUUCCAAGUUUGCUCCAAGCUGGUAUGCUUCCACCAGGGAUGGACCUGACGCAUUUACAGGGUAUAUCUGGCCCAAUCCUGGGUCAGCCUUUUUACCCUUUACCCGCUGCUAAUCACCCUCUACUAAACCCUCGUCCCGGGACACCUCUGCAUCUGGCAAUGAUGCAGCAGCAGUUACAGCGCUCAGUUCUGCAUCCUCCAGGCUCCGGGUCUCAAGCAGCUGCUGUUAGCGUUCCCGUAACCCCCCAGAAUGUGCCCAGCAGGUCGGGCCUGCCCCACGUGCACCCCCAGCUGGAGCACCGCCCUAGCCAGAGGAGCAGCUCUCCGGUGGGCCUUGCCAAGUGGUUUGGCUCAGAUGUGCUGCAGCAACCCUUGCCUUCUAUGCCUGCCAAAGUCAUCAGUGUAGACGAGCUGGAGUACCGACCGUGAGCCGGCCAGGCCUGCACGCCGAAGCCUGGACCUGCGCUGGCAGUCACGUCAGGACUCUGCUCAUCACGUCGGGUUGGUGUAUUGGCUUUUACUGUGGCACACUCUGGCGAAGCUGUUUGAGGGCCUUUGGAGUGCCCAUGCAUCCAGGGUGCUCUACAUUAUGGUAGAAGGAUCUCAGAACCAAUCGCGAGGAGCCUGCGGUCUGAAUACAGGAGGCAGCACUGUCUGGAUCCUACUAACAGUCUUUCUUUUUUGUAAGAUAUGUGAAUGAAGUGUUGGUGCCCUCACCAAGAGGGUGGCACCUAAGGGUUCUAAGGAAAUAAAUGUAUAGACCCUUAUGUACAGACUUGUGUAUAAACAACUUUUGUAUAUACAUAUAGGAUAGCUUUUUUGAACUUAUACAGCUGUACAUAAAAGUAGCUGAUACUAGUUAAGCCUGUGUCAAAGUUGGAUUUUUUUUUUCCACUUGUACAUUUGGGACUUUUUUUUCCCCUUGGUUGAUUAAAGUUGCAUAUGCUAAGUGUGUGAAUGAA